UCGCCAUGGACAAGCAGGAUAAACUUCUGGAAGAGGCAGAGCACUUGGCAAAGCACAUGUCAGCAUAUCAACAUGAUCUGCCCCCCGAUAUCAGCCCUAACACCCAAAUCUCUGAGGAUGCGAAGGAAGAGUUAGUACAGCAAUGCGAGGAAAUAUGGCAAGAAAUGCAAGAGUGCCAGAGUCGGUUAGCAGUCCAGAGUACAGAACCAUUACCUGAAUCAGAUAUACAGUUACAUUUGCUCAUGUUGCAAGUGAGAGCCCUCAAUGCAGAAUAUGAACAGUGGCAGAAGAGAUCUCCUGAAAUCAUCUCUAAAAACCAGGAGGUUCUUCUAGCCGUUGGAAAAGAAGAGUUGAAGAAAACAGACCGGGAGCUUGAGAUGAUGCUUUCUUCAGUUCAAGCAAAGAACAAAGAAUUGAAGAAAGAUCUGGAAGAAGAACAGUAUUGGUUGGAUGGUCAGCAGCAGUUAGUGGAUGCUCUCACUGCCAGGCUUGAAGAGCUGAGAAGUCAGGCCACUGGGUUUUCAGAGAAUAGCGUGUUUCAAGAUCUUGCAAGUAAGCUUGUGAAAGUAAGAGCGUAUAAGGAGGAACUCUUAACGGCGCUGGGAGCCUUUCUAGAAGAUCAUUUUCCUCUUCCUGAACAACACGAGCUGAGCAGCAAAAAGAAAAAGGUGCUUUCUCCUGAGCCUUCGGUGGAGCUGAUAACUUUACAUGAAAUUUUAGAGAUCCUCAUAAACAAGAUGAUGUCAACUCCACACGACCCAUAUGUUGUAAUUGACAAGCAUUACUGGCCUCCAUACAUUGAAAUGAUACUGAGAUAUGGAAUUGCACUGCGGCACCCUGAAGACCCAAACAGAUUACGAUUAGAAGCCUUCCAUCAAUGACUGUGUUCCAAUUGCUAUGAAAAAAGCAAAAAAUAUGAAUUAGGGGGGUAAACGUGCAUAGUAGGGUAAAACACACAUGGUGA